AUGUUUUCCCGGUGCUCACUUGCUGGUAUUUUAUUGGGUGUCCUGCUCUUCGAUGGCUGUGGAGCCGCGCGCAGAUGGGAGUACGAGCUCAUGUCAGUCGAAGCCUACAGCUCUGAUGAGAGUCUAAUGAAAAUCGUUGUCAAAGUUGAGCGAGUUGAUCGCGGGGUUUACGGAGCAACCGGAAGGAUAAACUGGAACUACGAUACGAGUGAUGAGACUAUGGUGCAGGCCAGUGUCUUCAAAAGCAUUUCGGGGGAUGAGAGCGACUACAAGUCACUGCCUUGGGCAAUUCCCGCCCAAUCUCUUUACGACCACAUGAACACCUAUUACAAGGAUGUGUCGAUGAAAAACUUUAAGCACUGUUCCAAUGUUCCGCAAUUCGAGGGAAAAUUCCAACCACCAAUGCCGAAGCAGAUUUAUAGCGGCGACAAAUGCGUAAUAAAUGGUGAGGGGUUGCCUGAUAUCGUUCCUCCCGGAUUCUACAAGAUCAUAAUGGAAUGCUCGGGACCAGGCCAGCCCACAUGGAACGCUACUAUUAUUGCUAAAGUAACAACCAAGAUGUUCUAAAAUUCAUAACCUUUAGAAAAAAAAGAAGAUGUAUACUUCU